CACGAACCUCAGCCAGUACGAUACCUCCUACUCCUCCCGUAAAGCCGGAUGCUCUCCCGGGGGUCAGUUCACCUCCGCCGCGACGUGACAGCCUUACACCCGCGUCUACUACACAGUCGGUGCGUCAAUCUGAAGAAAGCUCGAUGGACAAGAGAACAAAUGGCCACGCUGGAACUCGUGGAAUUCCCUCACGGCCCACUUCGUCGGCAUCGCAUCGCCGUUCUUUGACUAUAUCCAAAGGUCGGACGGUGUCGGCCGUGCUCGUUUCGUCUGCUUUGGAGACCAUUGCUGCGUCUCGAGAUGCCAAGCGUUCGCAGCCGUUGCGCGAAAGUGUGCAACGUGCUCUGGAAAUGGUCAAACGAGGCGAGGGCGGAGACCGGCCGCGCGAAAUCUUUGAGCCACUACGCCUGGCUUGCGAGACCCGUAACGAGAAGCUUAUGAUUGCAAGCUUGGAUUGUAUUUCUAAACUCAUCUCGUACUCAUUCUUCGCCGAAACGGGUCAGCCCUCACAAGGCCUUCCUUCACCUCCUCCUUCGCCUGGCCCUGGCACUCGACCUUCGACCUCUUCCGCUAGUCACCCUCCUGGCGGUUCCCUCGUCGAUCUGGUAGUCCACACUAUCACUUCCUGUCAUAGCGAAUCUACCCCAGAAACGGUCUCGCUCCAGAUUGUCAAGGCACUGCUCGCUCUAGUCCUCUCUCCGACUGUUCUUGUCCACCAGUCUUCCCUGCUGAAGGCCGUCCGGACGGUCUAUAAUGUCUUCCUGCUUAGCGUCGACCCUAUUAACCAGACUGUUGCUCAGGGUGGUCUCACCCAAAUGGUUAAUCACGUUUUCGCACGAUGCAAGUUGGAACCGCGUGCGCUGUCCCGAAGGGCGUCAUCAGGCACACUUGCCUCCCGGACGGAGAGCGUGAAGCGGCGUUCCCUUGCACUAAACUCACCUCUACGGCUUUCUACACCCCUUAGCCCUCCAGCUUCAGUGGAUGCGGACAACCAUGCUAUGCACGAGAUCCCGGAACCUGCUCCACCUUAUGCGAAUGAGAACAUUGCUCGUGCCGAGCCUGCGGCACACACCCCCCGUUCGGAGGGGGUUGAGCUUCCAGCCAACGGACACGCAGAAGAAGUGCCGGAGACUCCGAAUAAACCUUCCCAGCAUCAACAGGAAAUCUCUGAGAGCGCGACUAUCGAAGCAAUUGAUGAGGAACAUGAGGCGUUCUCUGUGGAGAUGUCCACAAACGAUCUCUUUAUCAAGGACGCAUUUUUGGUCUUCCGGGCUCUUUGCAAACUGACUAUGAAGCCGCUAAACCCGGAGAGCGAGCGCGAUCUCAAGUCGCAUGCUAUGCGGUCGAAGCUGCUAUCGCUCCACCUCGUUCUAACGAUCUUGAACAACCACAUGCCACUAGUUGUUUCUCCUGAUACUAUCAUCUAUUCGAGCUCCUCGAACGACUCGACGACAUUUGUGCAGGCCAUUACGCAGUACCUCUGUUUGUGCCUGAGUCGUAACGCCGUUAGCCCCGUAGCCCAAGUCUUCGAGGCAAGCGUGGAAAUAUUCUGGAGGGUCAUCUCCGGCAUGCGUACCAAGCUUAAGGCGCAGGUUGAGGUUUUACUGCACGAGAUCUUCAUUCCCAUCUUAGAGAUGAAAACGUCGACCCUCAAGCAGAAGGCCGUCAUCCUCAAUAUGCUGCAGAGGCUGACUCAAGAUCCACAGGCUCUAGUUGAAAUCUAUCUCAAUUACGACUGUGAUAGCGAUGCGGUAGACAACAUCUAUGAGCACCUCAUCAAUAUCAUCUCCAAGCUGGCGACGGCACCGAUUUCUCAAAUUCCCCAUAAAUCAGCUGAUCCGACGAGUCCAGGUCUGCCUCCCACUUCUAAAACGAAUGGGAACGCGGUACCACCAGCUUUGAGCACGAACGCGUUGUCCAGCCUAGGCGCUAUCGACACGUCGACUCUUGGCACCUCGGAAUCACAACUUCGCCGGCAGAGUCUUGAAUGUCUAGUGGCGACGCUGAAGUCAUUAGUUGCGUGGGGUACUACGAAUGCAACAAGCGUGGAGCAUCCAGGCGAUAAGGAACAGACGAGAACAGCCGCGGGGGACGAACGUGCUGACACCGUCACACCGGACCAUUCAAUGGACAAGCUCUCCACUGCACCAAGCCUCGCGGAGUCCAGCAGAAUGCCCACUCCAGAUCAGAUUGCGGAUGACCCAACGAAGUUCGAGAGCGCGAAGCAAAAGAAGACUACUCUGCUGGAAGGUAUCAAGAAGUUCAACUACAAGCCGAAGCGCGGCAUCCAAUUCUUUCUAGAGACUGGUUUCAUCUCCGGCCCGGCCCCGCAAGAUAUUGCCCGGUUCCUACUGGAAACGGAUGGUCUUAGCAAGGCUAUGAUUGGCGAAUAUCUUGGCGAGGCUGACGAGGGGAAUGUGGCAACGAUGCACGCUUUCGUCGAUCUGAUGGAGUUCCGUGGACUGGAAUUCGUUGAUGCGCUUCGUGUCUUCCUGCAGGCGUUCCGUCUUCCGGGAGAAGCUCAAAAGAUCGAUCGUUUCAUGCUGAAGUUCGCGGAACGCUACAUUGAUGGUAAUCCGCAGACAGUCUUCGCAAAUGCCGAUACCGCUUACGUGCUGGCCUAUUCGACGAUCCUGCUCAACACGGACGCACACAACCCGCAAAUCAAGAACCGAAUGAGUAAGGUAGACUUCAUUAAGAAUAACCGCGGCAUCAACGAUGGUCGCGACCUCCCAGAGGAGCUACUCUCGUCCAUUUACGAUGAGAUUGUCAACCACGAGAUCCGCAUGAAGGAUGAGAUUGAAGCUGCUCAGGUGCUUGCUGCUCCUGCUCCGGGUUUCGCCAACGCUUUGGCGAAUGUGGGUAGGGAUUACCAGAAGGAGGCAUACAUGAUGCAAUCAAACAAUAUGGCAAAUAAGACCGAGGCCUUGUUCCGGACGCUCAUGCGCUCGCAGCGGAAAGGCUCCAAGUCGGGCGACCAAUAUUUCAGCGCGUCUCACUUCGUCCAUGUUAAGCCUAUGUUCGAGGUUGCAUGGAUUCCUUUCUUGGCCGGCCUAUCUGGUCCUCUACAAGGCACAGAUGAUCUGGAGAUUGUCGAGCUUUGCUUGGACGGCUUCAAGAGCGCCGUUCGGAUUGUAUCUUUUUUCGAUCUCGAAUUGGAGCGCAACGCAUUCGUCACGACUCUCGCCAAGUUCACUUUCCUGAAUAACUUAGGUGAGAUGAAGACGAAGAACAUGGAGGCAAUCAAAGCUUUAUUGGACGUCGCCGUGACUGAGGGUAACAACCUCAAGAGCUCAUGGCGAGAAGUCCUCACAUGCGUCAGUCAAUUGGAGCACAUGCAGUUGAUCACCAGUGGCGUGGAUCUACCAGACGGCAAGAAGGGCCGGCCGCGAAAGUUGCCAACUGAGGAGCUUGCGAAUGAGAGUCGUUCGACGCACAUCACGGUCGCUGCCGAUAUGGUUUUCUCCUUGAGUCACUAUCUGUCUGGCACCGCAAUCGUCGAUUUCGUCAGAGCACUCUGCGACGUGUCAUGGGAGGAGAUUCAGUCGUCUGGCAUGUCGCAACACCCACGUCUGUUCAGUUUGCAGAAGCUCGUUGAAAUCUCCUACUACAACAUGAAUCGUAUCCGUCUCGAGUGGUCAAACCUCUGGGACAUCCUUGGUGAACACUUCAACCAAGUGUGUUGCCACAACAAUCCCCACGUCGCCUUCUUCGCCUUGGACGCUCUUCGUCAGCUGGCCAUGAGGUUCUUAGAAAAGGAAGAGCUGCCGCAUUUCAAAUUUCAAAAGGACUUCUUACGUCCCUUCGAGUAUACGAUGGUUCACAACUCGAAUCCGGAAGUGCGGGACAUGGUUCUCCAAUGCCUCCAACAAAUGAUCCAAGCUCGUGUUGCGAACUUGCGCUCCGGCUGGCGCACUAUGUUUGGCGUGUUCUCAUCCGCCGCCAAAGUGCCCACAGUAGAACGCAUCGUCAGCUCAGCGUUUGAGAUCGUGACUCGUUUGAACAAGGAACACUUCCGAUCCAUUGUCCGUCAUGGCGCAUUCGCAGAUCUAACCGUCUGUAUCACGGACUUCUGCAAGGUCACGAAAUACCAGAAGAUCAGCCUGCUCGCCAUCGCUAUGCUUCGGGGUGUCAUUCCCGUCAUGCUGGAGUGUCCAGACUGCGGGCUCAGUCCGGCUGCGAUUGCAAAGGCAGAACCAACGGAUGACCCUAUGAUCAAGUUCUGGUUCCCCGUGUCAUUUGGAUUCUAUGAUGUGAUCAUGAAUGGCGAGGAUCUUGAAGUGCGAAGACUGGCUCUCGACUCUCUGUUCUCAACGCUCAAGACAUACGGUUCGACGUUCCCGGUUGAAUUCUGGGAUACAGUCUGUCAAGAACUCCUGUUCCCAAUCUUUGCAGUCCUAAAAUCAAGCCAAGACUUGUCACGAUUCAGCACGCAGGAGGAUAUGAGCGUCUGGUUGUCGUCUACUAUGAUUCAAGCUUUACGCAAUCUAAUCGACCUCUACACCUUCUACUUCGAGACGCUGGAGCGCUUUUUGGACGGACUUCUGGACUUGCUCUGCGUGUGUAUUUGUCAAGGUGCCCGGUCAGAAAACGACACUUUGGCUCGUAUCGGCACAUCCUGCUUGCAGCAGUUGUUAGAGAACAACGUCAAGAAGUUAGGCCCUGCCCGCUGGGAACGAGUGGCGACAACGUUUGUUAGGCUCUUCCGUACAACCACGCCGCACCUGUUGUUCGAUGAGAGCCUCCGAGUGGAUGUUGAUGGCAGCAGUCCAGAUCUCCAGGAGACGGAAUCGACCGGACAGACCAUUGUUCCCGCGCCCUUGUCUACCGGCGAGCAAACCAAGCCUGGGCGGCAAGUUUCACUCAGCGAGAGACGAACGAUUUUCAAGCAGAUCAUUGUCAAAUGCGUUCUGCAGCUACUUCUCAUCGAGACCACUAAUGACUUGCUACGUAAUGAAGAGGUGUAUAGCACCAUUCCGCCCGAACAUCUGCUCCGGUUGAUGAGUGUUCUGGACCAUAGCUAUCAGUUCGCGAGAGCCUUCAAUGAAGAUAAGGAGCUGCGAACUGGGCUUUGGAAAGUCGGCUUCAUGAAGCAUCUUCCCAACCUGCUCAAGCAGGAGUCUAGCAGCGCCUCCACCCUCGUCCAUAUCUUGUUACGGAUGUAUUACGAUCUCCGACCCGAGCAUCAAGCAGCACGGCCACAGGUUGCUGACCGCUUGCUCCCGUUGGGUCUCGGAGUCUUGCAAGACUUCACGAAGUUGCGUUUGGACAGCCAGGCUAAGAACAUCGCUGCUUGGACACCGGUCGUCGCCGAAAUCCUACAAGGCUUCACCAAGUUCGACGACAGGGCGUUUGCUCGUUACCUUCCCGCCAUAUAUCCGCUUGCAACGGAACUUCUCUCUCGCGAGAUGGCUCCCGAGAUCAGACAAAAUCUUCGCGACUACUUCUUGCGAGUAGGCUAUAUCCAAGGAAUCAUAGAGCGGUCAUGAUGACUAUUUCGCAAUCUUCCUAUUUAUCGGCUUUCGCACUCUUUGUAUAGCAUGGUAUAAUUCACGGACGGAAUAUUAUCGCGUUAGACAAAACAUCGAUGGUAUAAUAUAUACAUCAUAGCAAGAUUAUUAUUGGAAUCCAUACCCUCCGGAGAAGCCAUUCAUCCCUUGGUAUCCUCCUCCCCAUCCUGUAGGUUGAGGGCGCAAAGAGUCAUAUUUAUCUUGUGCCAGAUCAUUUAGCAGAGCU